AACCCCAAACCCUAACCCCCCCUCCCAACUCCCCACCCCCACAGCCUCAAUCCCCUCCCAAUCCCACAUUCCCACGCCCCCACCCUCGGCGCAGAUGGCCCCGUCGGCGCCGAAGAAGAAGCGCAAGGUGAACCUCCGGGAGAACAAGGAGGUCACGGCCAGGAUCUUCGAGAAGCACCGCUCCAUGGCGGCGCAGCAGCCGGGCGGCCUCCCGGACCACCAGGCGCGCGCGCUCUCCGCCGCCUACACCGGCGUCUGCGCCGCCAAGGAGCCCGUCCGGACCCCCGGCGACCUGGCCCGUCUCAAGGGAGUUGGAGGUUGGGUUGUUGAUGUUAUGGAAGACUCCUUUCCAGGGUCCAGCCUUGAUUUGUCUCCUCCGACAAGUAAUACACCAGGAGAAAUGGGGAAGAAGAACACACGAAACAAACCUUAUGUGCCACGGUUGAAAUCAGCUGCUUAUGCAAUAAUGAUCACACUCUACAGGGAAAUGGAAAGAGGGAAGGAAUUUAUGAUGAGGCAAGAGCUUAUUGAUGCUGCUGAGGCCAGUGGUCUGUCAGAACAUGCAAUAGGCCCAAACAACAGUAGGAAUUCUCGGAAUGAAGGUUACAGUUAUACUGGAUGGAAUAGCAUGAAGACGUUAACAAAUAAGGAUCUGGUUAAGAAAAAGAGUAAUCCUCCAAAGUAUUACCUAACAGAAAAAGGCAAAGAGACAGCUCGCGAUUGUCUCGCACGAUCUGGAUUGGAUGGUCCUGCAGGACCUUUAACGGCAGCCGGUCAUUCUGCAGUUGUGCUCAGCGAUUCAGAUUCUGAUGAACAUGACAGCAGCAGUCCCCUGAUAGGUUCUGAAAGAAGUGGACUUCCAAACUCAAAAGCAGGCAGUUCCAGUUCCUUUGACCCCGUUCCAGAAGAAAAGUUGUUGAUAAUAUACGCUCGCAUUUUAAUAUUCCUCGUAGAGAUUAAACAAUUGCCUGUUGGAGACGCUCUUUGGAUUGCUCGCCAUAAAGAACUUGACACGGAGUAUGUUCUUGAUUUCAUUGUUAAAAGGAAAAAUGUGGAUGAUUUACUUGGGUCGACUAAAGACAACAGAUACAAAGAUCAAAAACUAAGACUGAAGAAAUGUGGGCUAACGAAGUUAAUAUAUCUAGUUGAAGGGGAUGUAAACACUGUAGAUGGAUCAGAGAGUGUUAAAACAGCCUGCUUCACUAUUGAGGUUCUUGAAGGAUUUGAUGUCCAGAGAACCACUGGGUAUGCUAACACUGAAAAGAAAUACGGCCACCUCACAGGCUCUAUAAUUGAUUACUACAGCAGAAACUUCUCUGCUGGUGCUGAUACCUCUCGACUUUGCCUGACCUACGACGAGUUUGUGAAGAGGUGUUCUGACCUUGAGAAGGUAACUAUGGGCGAUAUAUUCGCCCUUCAGCUUAUGCAGGUGCCACAAGUGACAGAAGAAGCUGCUCUUGCUGUCACGAGUCUCUACCCCACUCUUCUCUCGCUUGCUAAGGCGUACACCUUGCUUGAUGGCGAUAGGCGUGCCCAGGAGGAGAUGUUGAAGAACAAGAGCGACAUGGUCAACACGGGGGCUAGCAAGAACAUCUUCAAGCUCAUCUGGGCGGAAGGAUGAACACCCCGUACUUAGCCGGUCUUUUGGUCACCAUCGCGGUGAUUUCAGAUCUUCUACGCAAGUUCCCAAGGUGAAGACAGGAGGGACCCUUUUUGUGCUGUGCCUGGUGCCUUGGAGAACUGAAAGUCACUGAACUUGUAACCACCACCUAACAGAACGCCUUAGCGUGGCCUCGCUCCCCGUUUAAAUUACUACUAGAAUUGCAUGCUCCAAAUUAUGGAGUCGUCUUAUUAAGGUAGUGCAUUAGCGCUUCAUGUGUGUAUAUAUACUAAUAUUAGUUCUCGACUCAGUUGCUUGGAUUAUGUGAUGUCUUGUGUUAA